GUGACCGUGGGUGAAGCCGAAAGAACCGUGGGUGUCUGUAACAUUUCCAAUCUCUCGGCUGUCUGUACCUGAAGCGAUCGAGUCGAUCCUCCGCAGCUUCUCAUAAAUGGCUCUCCCCUCCAUUGGUCCAGGCAUUCAGGCGAGCCUCGUCUCCUCCCCCUAACGUGCUGGGGUCAGCGAUGAUCCCCUCCUCUUUCCUUUGCGUGUACAUAUCCCCCUGUUCUUAAUCAGUCCUUCCCUCUGUUUACUUCAUUUCUUCCUUCCUUCCUUCCCUCCGGUUCUGUUCUGUUCUGUUCUGUACCUGUUUUUCUCCCCGACGUCGUCACAUGAAAACUCCCCCGCCGCAAGCACAUGAUAGUCGCCGUAUUGACAGACAACAAUCGCAUUCUGUUACCCACCACUAUAUAAUCCCAGACGAACCACCAUGCCAUCUGCACGACCUUCCGCCUCCCUGGCGUCCAGCUCCUCCGAACCGUCCUUCUCCCCCCUGCCUGGCGGCGCACCCAACCAGCCGGACGAUCACGAUCGUUCGCCGGUGACCACCCCCACCGGCAACUCCAAGCCGGCCGAGGCCUCGUCGGCAGCCAACUCACAGGACAAGGAAAAGCCGCGGCUCACAGAGCAGGAGAAGAAGAACAACCACAUUGCGUCGGAGCAGAAACGGCGCGCGGCGAUUCGGGAGGGCUUUGAUCGAUUGACGGAGCUGGUGCCAGGACUGGAGGGACAGGGUCGCAGUGAGAGUAUUGUGUUGCGUAAGACGGUGGAUUUUAUCCAACUGCAGCUGCGGGAGCGACAGGAGUUAAUGGCGGAGAUUGAGCGACGGGGAGGACGCGUUGAUGAUUCGUUUCAAAACUGAUUGAAUUAUAUGUGACUUGAUUUGGGAAAAGUCCGGCGCUGUGGGUAGUGCGAUAGCAGUGAUGAUACUAAGGACUGUAUCGAUGCUAGGGUUUGUUCUUUUCUACGAGGUGCUCGGUGAGUACUCGGGUUUGGCGUUGUGAUGGGAUAUAUAGGACGAUGUUCCGGCCAGGAUUGCUCUGCAUAUACACUGGAGCAGCUGGUACUGGGCUGGGAGUUUAGGUUCUUAGGAACUGCGCGAAUGCAGCAGACAAUUGCAGCAGACCAUGACAAGUCAUGAUUAUUUGUAGGCGAUAGCUACACGAGUAUUGUUACUACUCAAAAG